AUGAUAACCCCGGCCGAUAAAACGGUCUACGAUACCAACGAGGGAAAAUAUUUGUAUGGGUUCAGUUUAGGCACGGGGCCAUUGAAUUGGGUCACCGAGCACUACGAUGUGAAGAUGAUCGAUGUCGAUAUGGUGAUGGCCUCCCUCGAGAAUGCGAUGGCAUCCACCGGUGGAUUCUGCGUCGGACGUAGCUAUGUUGUUGGCCAUCAGCGACUUUCCGGUCUGGGCUACUGUUUCUCCGCCUCGCUGCCCCCACUUUUGGCCACAGCCGCCUCGGAGGGGCUGAAGAUCAUCGACGAGGAGCCGGAGCGUGUCGGGCGGCUGAAGGACAAUGCCCAACGUGUCCACGGGAUCCUGGAGAAGGCUUUUAAGAACACCUCGUUUGCAAUCCGCGCCGCCGACAUUUCGCCGCUGAAGCAUGUUGUGUGGAAGGGGGAUGGAGCUGUGGCUGAUCAACGGCUUCAGGGACUUGUUGACACGCUCUUCAAAAAACACUCGAUCCUGGUCGCCCGCGCUCGGUACCUCGACAAGGACGAGAUGUUCCCGAUCACGCCUAGCGUGAAAGUGAUGGUGCAAUCCGAGCUGACCGACGAGGAGCUGUCCCGUUUCGACGAGGCCGUCAACAGCGCCGUCAAAGAAGUCUGC